AUGUCUGACUCUAUGCGCAAGGAUUUCAGCGAUAAGGCCCAGGAGAAGGUCACUCCUAACUCCACCAAGUCCACCCAGGACAAGGUUAAGGAAACCGUCACCGAUGCCGGUGACCGUGUCGCCCGUGGUGUGCAGCCCGAUAGUGACAAGGGUGGUACCCAGGAGGCCUUCGACAAGACCCAGCGUGCCCAUGACAACAACAACGGUGGUGCCGCCAGCUCCAUCGGUGACAAGGUCAAGAAUGCCCUUGGCAUGGACAAAUAG